AAUUAUAUGUAAAUUAAUUUACAACUGUUAAAUAUAAUUCAUAACAUUUAAAAAAAAACAACAAAAAAAAAACAUCAGUGCUUUAAACGAGCCUCAUAUCUUAGAACAGACUUUAGAUAGAAAAAAAAAGUGCUUCUGUUUUUCAUGCUCUGUUACCACAGAUUCUUUCCUCAGGAAAAAAAAACUGCUAUUAGCAAAAACGAAUGCAGCCAUUUCACAGCUUCAUUUCCUGUCAAGAGAAGUGACGGUUCCGUAUUCAUCUUUAUAUGCUUCAGAGGAUGCCUGGGUUCUCUAAGGACAUCAUGAGGACUACUGUUUGCACACUCGUCUUCCUCUUCUCUCUACCAUGGAGUCUAAAUGGCCAUUUAACAACCAGCAACAAGAAUAUUGCAAUAAACACAGCAGAAAAUACAUUACGGCAGAGGGAUACUACUGAUUCUGGAACAGAAAACGUUUCACUUUCAAGAAGAGCUCACACACAACAACUUACUAGUUACUCUGAUCAUCAAGAGAUCAGGCUGAGGGCAGCUAAUGGUGAAGAUGAUAAAUCAAGGACAAGGAGGAAUGUAAAUUAUGACAAACACAAUUUAACUACUACGACACACCCUGAAACACAAAUGCAGGACAAGGUAACUCAACAAAAGGAACUACAAAAACCAACAGAAAGUUCCCACAGACCACAUACUACAUCUCUUUUGCAGACAGAGAAUGCUACAGAACUUACUGUAUUUGCUAAACAAACCAAUGCUACAAGGGCAGAUGUUUUGCUUGAGGAAAAGAUAAGCAGUGGACUUUCUCAGACACAGAAAGCCACUCAGGAAACACCUACUUCCGAUUUCACUGUGGUAUUCGAUGUACAAUUUAAUAACACAGCCAUGAAUAGCAACAAAACCAACACAAAUAAACAUCUUCCAACAGCUCACCCCACAAUGGAGAUUUCAGACCAACCAAGCCCUAUGACUCAUGCCCACACUUCUGCAAAAGCAAUUGUGACAUAUUUUAAAGGGACUCUAAGCACCAAUGGUGUGAAUACCAAAGUGGUAACAGACGUUACAGACAGGUGGACAAGCAAGCAAAGUCCUGAGUUAAGGACUUCAUCAACAACUAAGCCAACGAAGAUGACGUUGAUGACCACUAGAAAGCUAAGUCCACCUUCAUCAAAAGACAAGCAGCAUGCAAACCCAGGUCCUGCUGUGGCAGCUGUGAUCGGCACCACAUUUGUCUUGAUGUUCAUAGCGAUAAUCUUUAUCUUGGUAAAAAAAUGCAGAAUGCAAAGAAAGCAGCUAGAAAAUCCAGAGUGGGCCGGACCCUCACCGUUUCUGGAUGGUGACGUUCAACCGAACCUACCAAAUAUGGAGGAAUCCGAAGCCAUCAAUACACAAGGCAUCAACCAGAUGCCGUUUUCAAGAUACCUCUCCCAACGGCUUUCAAAACACCUGACAUUUGGGAGGAACACAAGUGAGGAAGUUCUCAUGGGGGAUAUCCUGCAAGGAAGCACGUUUAGUAGACAAAAUCUAGAUGAGGUUCAAGCUCCCAAUGGAAACCCAACUGCUGCUCAAGAUUCGACUGAGACAGAACACAACAAAAUCGAGGAAGGUCAAAAAUCUGUGGACUCUUCUGAUGCCAAAGCACCUGUGGAGAGCAAAGAAUCAAAGCAGACUGAUGACCACACUGCAGCUACGUCUUCUGGCCCGAAUGCUGCAAUUAAUUCACCUCCACCUUUAGUGUCUAUAGACCUUGAUUCUCUUUCAGAAGAAGCAGCUAAUUUGCAAACAUCAGACGUUGGGAUUAUUCCACCUGCUCCACCACUGCUCUAAUGUCAUUUGACUAUCUACAAACCAACCAACACGCUCACUUUCUCUCUACAAAAAAAAACAAAAAAAAACAAUUAUGUUAAGAUUGCUUGCUACCUUGACAAAUCG